UGGCUUUAAAUCACUGACUUAGAGCACGGGGAGAGAUGCCGCCUCCCCGUUACGUGUCGACGCCUCUUGUGCGAGCGUGAAUAUACAAUCCAGUCCUGUGACCCAAUGAGAACCUCGCUCUGAAGGGGCGCCAUUAGCUGCAAGUAAGACUGCAGGGGUAGAUCUCGAUUCCGAUCUUAAUUUCUCUCCACUGUGUCUUCGAUCUGGUGCAGGGAAAUCCCUGGCUUCUAAACAUCGCCGAACAUCGCCGAACAUCAUAAUCUUACAGCCUGCCAUGAAAACCUUGUUUUCUACACACCACAUCUUCUUCCUCUCAUCCAGCCUCGAGCAAAACCGGAGAGCUCACCAUUGGCACAAUGUCGCAGCAGCCGAUCCGAAUCAUUGGGGCGGGAAUUGGGGGCCUAACGCUCGGCCGCUGCCUACUGAAACAUGGCGUUCCUGCAGUUCUUUAUGAAAGAAUGCCUUCAACUCCGCGCCACGGAUACGGUAUCACACUCCACGCUUCCUCCUAUAGACCACUACUCGAAGUACUCGGUUUAGAUGAGUGGACUUUUAGGCGUCGCAUAGCGGUGGAUGGAUCGGUGGGCGGCAGCGGAAAUAUUGAUCCGGAGCUGCUUGUUUAUCCCGGGAAGAUAGAUCCAUCGUCAUCUUUCCGAGCACAUCGAGAGAAGCUCGAGAAACUACUCCGCCAAGGACUUGAUGUUCAAUGGGAGAAUGCUCUUGAGAAGGUAGAAGAAACUCCGUCAGGGGUAGCGCUUUGCCUACAAAGUACCCAGAAACUAGAGAGCACGUGCGUAAUCGGCGUUGAUGGUCCACAUUCGAAUACGCGCAAGUCCCUCUCUCCUAACACGCCCCUCAAAGUUCUUCCUUAUGUCGCAUUCAACGGCAAGCGUCACGUGAAGCGCGCGCUUUUCGAUGAAGUCUAUGCACCGGCAAUAAGAGGUUCUAACCUUGUCGAGACCAGACUGGGCGACGUGGUCUUGACUGUAUUUGUCAACGAAAAACAAGCGGACGCCGUGAAUGUGGGAUGGACAUAUUCACGCCCUGCAAGAGGAUCCACAGAUAUGCUUCACAAGCCCAACCGCCCGGUCUCUGGUGCGACGGACAUUCCGGAAGAGUUUUUCCAGGAGAUAGAGGCUCUCCAAGAGCUAAGGCAACCAUUUAAGGAAAUUUUCGAUGCGGAAAAGUUGAGAAUGGAAAGGGUUCUACAUUGGCUCAUGCGCACCGUACUGGUUAGCCAUCAGGAACUCUGCACAUUUGUGGGGAAGGGUGUCUUUUUCAUGGGCGACUCGGUUCACGCGGAGCCUAUCCUAGGAGGGGAGGGAGCUGAAAAUGCUAUCAUAGAUGGUAUCGAGCUGGCGAAAUGCAUCUCGACACAUGGCCCAGCGGGUAUACGUGCCUGGUACGAUUCUAGGUAUCCCACAUGGGAGAGUAGCGUUAAGGAAAGUGAGAGGGCGAUUGAAAAGAUGCACGGUGGUCAGAAAGUUGAUCCGCAGCUAUAAUCUCUAGUAAGUCUAUCACAUGUACCCAAUGUCCUUCCCUUAAGGUUAUUUUUAGUAAUAGUCAGAUGGCGUGAUAUCACCCUGAGUCUAAACAGAUCAGAUUCAGAAACUAUAUCUCGAGAUAUUGGAUGGCAUAGUCUGUUAACUAAUGGAGGUACACACCUAGGUGCUUAGUAUGUUGCAUUAACCUAUAUUAAUAGAAGAGCUACGGACGUCGAUUUGGAGUGUCUGGCAGGCCUCGAACACUGUACUCCAGGUCCAUUCCGAUUGUCCGGGCCUAGGUGUGGCAGUCA